AUGAAUUCCUAUCUGCUGAACAGAGCCCUAGGGUCUGUAAUUUCUCAUGAGUUUCAUGUCGCUCAAACCCACCGACUUGUACACAACAUCGAGCCCGCACCGGGGAUACGCUUCUCCAGCCGCAAAGCAUCUGCGCCCACAGAUCAGUCCGAAGAUGACGUAGCGCCUUUGGACCAGGAGCUAGGUAUUACAGCAGAGGUGUUUGCUCACAAAUCUGGUGUUAAUUGCCUAGCCGUGGACCAGUUUGAAGGCCGAUAUAUGGUUUCGGGGGGCGCCGACCCAUCAAUACAUCUCUGGGACCUUGAGACGCGAGGGUCGGAGCUUGAGUACGUCCAUCAGGCCUGCGCAUCGGUCAGCAAGUCUUCGCAUCCUGACGCCCAUACCCAUGCGAUCACCUCCCUCUCGAUCUACCCAUUCGACCCGGAGCCCUCGACUAUAUUCUCGACGGCGCACGAUGGUACAUUGAAGCUGUCCGCCCUCCAAUCGCCCGCAAUCACACCUGUCCAUACGUUCAAUCUUGAUUGCACACCAUAUUCGCAUUCCUUCUCUUCGCACCCAGGCUCCACGCUGCUUGUAGCAGUUGGCACGUCUGAACGAUCAGUACGACUAGUAGACUUGCGAUCCGGUCUAGCUACACAAGGAUUGCCGGGGCACAAUGAUGCGGUUCUGUCAGUGGCAUGGGCACCCCAUCGACCGCAUCUACUGGCAUCGGCCUCGGUCGAUAACAGGGUAAUCAUAUUCGACGUCCGACGUGGAGGACACAACUCCGCUAUCGCGACCCUGGACAUGGAUGAUCCAGCUGGUCUGGUGGCUCCGGGGACAGGGACAGCAGCAGCGUCUAACGAGAGCCGUCUAGCCUUCUCCCGGCACGCACGCGCCCACAACGGUCCUGUCACGGGGGUACGCUGGACAUCGAAUGGAAGCCACAUCGUGACCACUGGACAAGACGCCCGAAUCCGAGUUUGGGAUUCUGGAACGGGUGCUAAUACGCUCGUUCAUUUUGGCCCUCGGGUUCGUAAUAGCUCUACAUCUCAUCUGGCGGAACGGGCACCCUUGGUCGUUCCAAAGGGCGCAAUGAGUCCAGGGCACGAGACCCUUCUCUGGUCAAACUUCAAUGAACAAGAUGAUCGUGGAGAGAUCUUCAUGUUCGAGCUUCGCGAGGGAAACUUCAUCAAGCGUCUCCGUGUUCCUGGGAUCAUGGCCGGAGCACAAAACAUGCGCGGACGAUCAAGUGCGCUCAGUGCUGCACGAAUUAACGAUCUAAUUUGGCGUGGUAAUGGUGGGUCAGGCGAGGGGAUAGAGUUGUUCUCCGCGCAUGGCGAUGGAACUAUUCGAACAUGGGCGUCUCGUGAACCAGAUGGUGAACUCAGUGAGGCCGAGUCAACCGCUCAGGCCGAUCGCAAAAGGAAGCGAGACGUUCUGGAAGAACUCUCCCGAGGAUUUCUGGGACCGAAUCAACCUAAUCUACGAAUGUGA